AGUAAGAUGUUACUUUACCUCAAAUGUUCCUAUCUUCAAAAUUACUUGAUAAGUCAUCUCAGUCACUGCUAUCAUGUUGCAACGCCUAGACAUGUGGUCGGUGGUGCUAUUGGUGUCGUUAUGUGGUUUGGUCCAAGGAUUAUAUCGAGUGGACCCCCUCGUGUCUACAAACAAGGGCCUUAUCCGAGGUCUUCGAUCUGAUGAGGGGUACGCCAAGUUUUUGGGUGUUCCUUAUGCAGUGGUGGAUAAAAUCAAUCCUUUUGGGCCGUCGAUACCGCACCCAGGAUUUGAUGACAUCUUCGAAGCAUACGAGACAAACGUCUGCCCUCAAAUAUCUGACAAUGAAGCAAUUGGGACCAUCGAUUGCCUUACUAUGAACAUCUACGUCCCAAGUGCUGCUACUACUCAAAACCGCUUACCAGUGAUGGUAUGGAUACACGGAGGAGCUUUCGUUUUUGGCAGCGCUGAAGCCGAAGGAAGUCCUAGACUUUUAUUGAAACAUGAUGUCAUCGUAGUAUCUAUAAAUUAUAGACUUGGCGCUUACGGUUUCAUGUGCUUGGACAUCCCAGAAGUACCAGGCAAUCAAGGCCUUAAAGAUCAAGCAUUAGCUCUGAGGUGGAUCAAUGAGAACAUUGAAGCUUUCGGAGGUGAUGCUGGACAAAUUACUAUAUUCGGCGAAAGUGCUGGUGGAAUGUCCGUAAACUUACAUCUGCUGUCUUCUUAUGAGACUUUGUUCCAAAGAGCCAUAAUCCAGAGUGGACCAGCUUCCAGUCCUUGGUUAAUAAUGGAUUCAAACAAGACAGUACCUAUAAAAUUGGCUGAAGCCUUCGAUUUUGAAACUGAAGAUACACUUGAAGCUCUGGAGUAUCUAGCAACUGUAGAUGUUCAUACAUUGGUUAAGCUGGCUCACGAUUUAGAAAUAACAAGCUUCACUGAAAGUAACAUUCCCAGUACUCUGCCAUGUAUUGAGAAGGAAAUCGAAGGCAUCGAAGCGUUUAUAACCGAUUAUCCAAUGAACAUAAAUUCUCCUAAAGUCCGUAACACCCCAAUUAUUAUUGGACACACAAACAACGAACUACCUUUCCUGUAUGGACUUGCUGACCCGGAAUUUUUCUCGAAUUAUGAUUUUAGUUUCAUUUCUAACGCUUUCGAUUUAAGAAAUGAAUGGGAGGAUGCUGUAAAUGAUGUAAAGCACUUCUAUAUCGGAGAUGAGCAGCUUAAUGAAAAUGUAGCAAAUGAAAUUACUGAUUUUGGUUCAGACUUCAUUUUUAACCACCCGACGCAAAGAAUGGCGGACAGACUCUUAGACAUUGGCGCCAGAACAAUCUACCGAUACGUUUUCUCAUAUAGUGGUGGCAGAAACUUAUUAAAAAUUCUAUACAACUUGAAUACCACGGGAGCUACCCAUGCGGAUGAGCUUGGAUAUUUGUUCGACCAUGAAAUUCUUAGCAAAGACAUCGCUCCUGAAGACCAGCUAAUGAUUGAUAGGCUAACAACGCUUUGGAUCAACUUCGUUAAGUAUGGGGAUCCAACACCAUCUACGUCGGAACUGCUUCCAGUGAAGUGGCAGCCUAUUACGAAGACUAGCCAGCCUUAUUUGAACCUCGACUCAGACCUCACUCUUGAAGCCAGACCUUUCCACGGCAGGAUGGCGUUCUGGGAUCUCUUCUAUAAACUGUACAGAAAUCAGCAUAAAUAUGAAGUUUCUAGAAAAUAAGUAGUUGAGAAUAUUUGGAACUGAAAUGUACUUAGACUAAAAUAAAGCAUUGAGCUUUUCUAGCUGUAGUU